AGCCUCGGAGAUGGCGGAGUGGAAGGAGGAGGUGGAGGUGCUGGUCCAGCGAGUGGUGAAGGACAUCACUGGUGCCUUCCGCAGGAACCCCAACAUAGAUGAAAUCGGAUUAAUCCCAUGCCCUGAGGCGAAGUAUAAUCGUAGCCCUAUAGUUUUGGUAGAGAACAAGCUGGGUGUGGAGAGCUGGUGCAUCAAGUUUCUGCUUCCAUAUGUACACAAUAAGCUUCUCCUUUACCGCCAGAAAAAACUUUGGCUUAACAGGGAUGAGUUGAUCGAUGUUACCUGCACGCUGCUUCUGCUGAACCCAGAUUUUACUACAGCAUGGAAUGUAAGGAAAGAGUUAAUACAGUCUGGAACCUUGAACCCAGUUAAAGAUUUACAGCUUGGAAAACUGGCAUUGACUAAGUUUCCAAAAAGCCCUGAGACAUGGAUCCACAGGCGCUGGGUAUUGCAACGUCUUGUGCAGGAAUUAGUUGUGGCUGCUGUUGUGGGCAAGGAUGCCACCCAUCCUGAGACCUCUGAGAGGAUUCAAGCAAUUGUGCAAGAAGAAAUGCAUGUUUGCUGUGAGGCUGCUGGAAGAUACCCAAGUAACUACAAUUCCUGGUCCCAUCGUAUCUGGGUUGUACAGCACCUUGGAAAUUUAAAUGCUAAGCUCCUGAUCGAUGAGCUGUCUUCCACCAAACACUGGGUUUCCAUGCAUGUUUCAGACCACAGUGGAUUCCACUAUCGUCAGUUCCUGCUAAAGUCUUUACUGAGUAAAACACUAAAGGACUCUGAUAAUGUCACAGAACUGCUUGUAAAUGAGGAAAAUCUAUGUCUUCCACGGGAAGAGGAGGCCAACUGGAACCAAAUAUGUUUUGAUCUUCCCUUUUUAUUAGAAGAAGAAAUGGAACUCAACAGAGAGCUUGUUGAUUCCUAUCCUGGGCAUGAAACAUUGUGGUGCCAUAGGCGCCAGAUAUUCAACGUGAUUCAUCAGCUACUCCUUGAACAAAGUCAAUCAGCCACUCCACAACCUACAAGUGGGAGCAUCACCGAUGGCAGUGGGAACAUUUCACAUUUGAGCACCCCCUUCCAGAGCUAUGUCAAUAACCCUAUGGAUAUAGAUGGAAUGAGCGAUCCCAACAAACAGGGCUACACCCAGGAAACAAAACGCCUAAAACGUGCUCCUGUACAAGACUCUCUUAACUUUGAUUCUGAGCUCAGGUUUAUCAACUGUGUCUUAACCAACUGCUGUAGCCCUGAGCAGUCCAGAUUUGCUGCUUCAUACAGGAAAUGGCUACUCUCUUUGCAAGGUCACUAACAAGGCAAACUUUGGAUUAUAUAUAGUGCAAUAUUAUUUUGGCAUGCCAUGGUUGAACACUUUGUAACCAUGUGCUCCUCACUAAUGAGGAUAUCUACUGCUGAAGGGGAAGGAUUAGAAUUUUGUCAGUGUUUUUCUUUUAUUUAUUUUUUAGACAGUAAUUUCAUCCCUAUAACUAUUUCUAAAAUUGCAUAUAAAUCAUAUUAUUUCAGAAUGUUAUACUUAUUUUUAGAAAUCAUUCAUGCAAUACCCUUUGUGUUCAACUGGAACUAUGUUACAUAAACAAGUUAUUUUAUUUGA